AUGUCCAAUUUAAGCAAAAAUCCUAUCCAAGAUGUUACAUCUACCUAGGAAGCAUUCUUUCAGCCAAGUUCAAUACCUACUCUAUUCAAUACGCCAAAGUUUUGUUUCACAGCUCGUGACAUAGUACCUUUAAAUCUUGAUGACUUGAUCAAUGAGAAUAAGCUUUCAAUUUUAUCUCUUUUAUCUGCGUCAUAAAACGAAGGUUCAGAGAAGGAUCGUACAAUCUCAAAUGACACUGUGGGUCUCAACUCUACCACUGAUUUGUCUCCUCGUUAAGCCUAAAAUAGCUUCAACAAGUCUUAAGAGGAAAAAACAUUCUCUCCCUUCAAACUAAUUGACUUCAAGGAGAAAUUAAUGCCUUUAUCUACACAAAAACCCACACCUAAUUAAGGAAUAUUCACCUAAGAUGAUAAAUAACUAUCUCAAAACCCAAUUAGAAGGAAUUUGUUUAAUCAGCAAUAACCCUUGACCCCAACAUCAUCAUCAAAUGAUCGUACUUUAAGAGAUAUUAAAAAUUUCAAUUUUAUUGGCAAAGUUGGAGAGGGUGCAUAUGGUGUCGUAUGGUCUGCACUUCAUACCCCUUCUCAAAGGCUUUAUGCAAUAAAAGUUAUUCAGAAAAGUCGUGUUGAAAAGUUGGAUAAAGUUCAUGAGAUCCAAAAUGAAAAGAAUCUGUUGUCAAAAAUAUCUCAUCCAAACAUUGUGAAGCUUCAUUCAACAUUCACUGAUUAGAAAAAUGUAUAUAUGGUACUAGAUUAUGCGAUAAAUGGCGAUUUCUCAGAUUUGAAGCCCGGAAAUAUACUUUUUGAUGAUAGAUGGCAUCUUAUCUUAGCAGACUUCGGCACUGCAAAAUAAAUUUAAAAUAAAAGUUCUGUUUCAACUCCUAAUAAUGAUACUAAUUCAAGAACUAAUGACAUUAGUAAUAAUGAGCAGGAUGUAUAAAAUUUCUCUCAAGCAAUUAAGAGAGGUGCAUCAUCCGCAAAUGAUAUGAUUAGAGCAAACUAAUCAGCAGAUCAGAUUUCUAAUAAUAUGGAUGAGCUAUUAAGUAAUAAUGAUAUUGAAUAGGAGAGUAAAGGAUCCUUUGUAGGAACUGAAGAUUAUGUUUCCCCAGAGAUAAUUAAUAAUGAGGAACCUAGUUUUGCCUCUGAUCUAUGGUCACUUGGUAUCAUCAUUUACUAAUUAUUUACUGGUAAGACUCCUUUCAAGGCAAUGUCCCCUUACUAUACAUUUGAAAAUAUUCUUGCUUGCGAGUAUAGCAUUCCUGAUUCAGUUCCAAUGAGAGCCCAGAGUUUGAUUAAGGAUUUAUUAGUUAUAGAUAAAACUUAAAGACUUGGAGCAGGGGAAUAAGGGGAACCAAAUAGUAUGGAAGCUUUGAAAAGUCAUCCCUUCUUUGAAGGUAUCAACUUUCAAUAAUUACAUACUUAAUAGGCCCCAAUUGAUUCAAGGAAGGUUAUUCAGAGUCCAAUGAAGCAGUAACUUAUGUAAUAUAUGCCAUAAACUAAGGCUAAGAACCUAACUCAGGAAUUUACAAAAUAUGAAAGUUAAUAAUAACCAUGUAGCAAUACCAAUAAUAAUGCUAGAAUCAGAGAUUUUUCAGAUCUUGUACGACUAUAGAAGCUACCUAGCUAGUAAAUAUAACCAGAUCAUAUCGUUGAUAUAAGCAAUUUGAAAAUUAUCAAAGCAUAAUCAACUAAUAAUUUUGAUAACCUUACCUCUGUCUCAAAUAAAUCCUCUCCUCAUGAAAGCCCUAUGUAAAGAAAAUCAAUUAAAAAGACUGGCUCAUCAAAUGACUUAAGAUAGCAUCUUAAACAUCCCUUAUUUAAGUCUCAUGCCGCCCCUUUGAAAUACGGAUCAUCAACUACAUCAGAACUAAAUUUUGAUGAUUGUAUGGAGUGCAUGUAGAUGUGGAAAGAAAAGAAGUCUGAAAUGGUAAAAAAGAAGACAAAAUUGAUAUUCUAUGCCGAUAGGCUUAUCAAAUUUUAUGAAAAUGGCUAUUUCGCCUAUUAUACAUCCAAAUCAAACAAUCUUAAAGCCUGUCAUGGUCCAGGCGACAUUAUUUCAUGUGUUUUAGAAAGAAAAGAUAAGCUCAAGCUUAGUACUAAGACCAAAAGUUACAAAUUCAAAUUUAACAGUAGUAAAGCAGCAAAAGAAUGGGUAAUCUUGAUCAAUCAAUCAUUACAAAGAAGGACAAUAUUAUGA